AUGGACUUAAAUCUAAGAAUACCGCCUAGAAUGCAGACUGUCCUGGAUGCAGAGACAGACUCUGGAGUAUUCCUGGAAGACUGGCCUUUAAUUGAAGACUCACUCCAGAGUGUGCUAGACAACAUGCACAAAGUGGAUUUUACUGCACGUGCUGUGGGGAUGAUUAUCCGGGGAAUUCUUUCUCCAGAUCCAAGGGAAAGAAAGACGUACUUUGAAAUUGCAAGGUCAAUAGCAGAAAGACGCGUACUAGACAGAAGCUAUCUGAUAAAUAUUCUGGUGGAGUACAUAGUAGAUGAAAUACCGCACUAUGGGAUUGAGUUAAUACUGAUGCUUCUGAAUAAAGUAGGGGAUAUAGAGUCUGAGGAAAUAGUUGAGAUAUAUAUUCCACUGCUAACCAAGCCUCUUAACAUAAAAAUAAGAAAAGAAAUUAUAUAUGGGAUUACAACAGUCUACAUAUACACUACUAUGGAUAUAAUACUCAGCAGCAUACUAAAGCACUGCAAGCAGUUUGACUCAAUGAACAGCUUUAUUGCUGUUGUGAUAAUUGAAAUAUGCAUAGAUGGAUUGCAAACAAUCUCAAAGGAGUCAUGCAGCAUGCUUGCAUCAAUUUUCUCAAUUCUUCUGGAGAAGGAGCUGCAAGCAACAGUGAAAAAAGUAACAGAACUCUUCAAUGACAGUGCAUUCAUAUAUAAAAUAUCAAGGAAUAGCGAUGUGAUAGUGGAGGGUCUCUUUGAUACAGUGUACCGAUUAUCACAGCAGUACUGGAAAACAACAGAGCAGUCAUUUGUAUGCGAAAUGCUGCAGUGUCUCUUCCAUAUGAACAAUAGGGUUUUUGACGAGUCUCUAAGAAAGUACAACCACAUAAAAUACACAAAGCACUUGGAAAUGCCAAAGAAAUAA